AUGUCCGCCACCAACCACCGCCCCUUCGACGGCCUCGUGAGCCCCCUGCCACCCACUCCCUCCACAGGCUCCCGCCCCAUGUCCAUCAGCCCAAGCCCUAGUCCCCAUCCCCGUGCCAACCAACCCCUGCACAUCCCCCCAUCAGGAAACCCCACAGCCCAACCCGGCCUCGCAAUUUCAGAGAUCGGCCAAAUGUCUUUCGCAACAGGAACCCUCCUCGGCGUCCUCACAAUCCCCAGCCUAACCCUCAUCGAGCCAACGCCCUCCCACCCCGCCUCAACAUUCCACCCCGUGCGCAUGACGGACCUGGAAACAGGCGCGUUCGGGCACGCGGCAAGCGUUGUCCCGCCUGUGCCCGGUGGCAUCGGGAUCGGCGUGUGGUGGAGUGAUAUGGCGGGCGGGGAUCUGCUUUGGGGCGUUGGACGCGUUGUUAGCGUGCAGCGGAUGCAGGUGCCUAUUGUGCUUGCGGCUCCGGUUGUUGAGGAGGGAGAGAGGAUGUAUCGGAUGCCGUUGACGGAGGAGGAGGUCGAGGAGGAGUAUGAGCUUGGGGAUGGGGGGUGUCAGGUUGAGAUUCUGUAUGCGCGGGAUGAGGGGGAUGGGACGAGGGGGGCGCUUGGGUUUCGGUGA